AUGGCCGACAAGUUCAUCAUCGCCCAUGCUGGGGCUAAAAAGGCGGAGGCCAGGGUAAACGAUAUAUUCACCGUUAGGCAAUCCCCUGGCGAGGGACUCAGGGACUUCCUCGCCCGGUUUAACAGGGUGAGAAUGAGCCUACCUAAUGUAUCAGAAGGGAUGGCGGUAGCAGCUUUCCAGAACGUAUUAAAGAGGAACAGAUCGAGAGCAAACGGAAAGUUAUUAAGCAAGCUCAUGAAAUACCCUCCCACCACUUGGGAAGAAAUCCACAAUGCCUAUUGUGCCGAGGUAAGAGCCGGUGAGGAUGACCUUAACGAAAUAGUGUACGCACUAGAAAAGCUCGGGACAAAUUUGAAGUGGCUACAAAAGAUAAAGUCCGACCCGAGUACACGAAAGUCGAACAUCCUAUGUGAAUUUCACCAGGAGCGGGGUCAUAAAACCGAGGAAUGCAUAGCUCUACGGCAAGAGUUAGUAAACAUGUUGAGCCAAGGUCACCUAAGGGAGCUAAUGAGCGACUGUGGACGAGCCAACUUCGGUCGGGGACGCGAACAACACCAAGGCCCUCCAAAGACACCAUCCCCUACCUGCACCAUCCAAAUGAUCAUCAGCGGAGGUGAUGAAGCAGCGAUCAACCAUGUGAAGUUCACCAACACACACAAAUUGAAGCGAUCGAUCACCCACAAACGGUACGACGACCUCAGAGACAGUAUCAUCUUUGAUAAGUCAGAUACCGACGGUUUGGUUUUCCCUCAUUUCGAUGCUCUUAUUAUUACUUUACGUAUUUCAGAUAUUGAUGUGAAAAAAAUAUUGGUAGACGACGGAAGCGGCGCGUGUAUUAUCCACCCUCGAGUUCUCACGCAAAUGAGACUCGAAGAAAAGAUAGAACCAUGUUGCAUAACACUAACAGGUUUUAACAAUGCAGUUGAGCGAACCUCUGGGGAGAUAACUCUACCUGUUCUGGCCGGGGGCGUCACCCUAGAAACAACAUUCCAUGUCAUGAACCAAGACACGGCUUACAAUGCCAUCAUAGGGCAGCCCUAG